AUGGCCAACAAAUUUAAAUACACCAAAGAAAAAAUGCGAUUGACUUUGGAAGAUGUAACUUCUAAAUCAUUGUCGUUAAAUAAAGCUUCAAUUAAGGUUAUAUUAGAUGAUCCAGCUAGGAUAUUUAAUUGUGAUGAAACCGGUCUGCAAACUUACCCUAAAUCUGGCAGAGUAUUAGGUCCAAGGCAUAUUAAAGAUUUUUAUGAAAUUGCACAAGGUCAUGAAAAAGAGUGCAUUACUGUAUUGACAAAGAAAAUAGCAAAUUGUGAAGAAAUUCUUGGUUAUUUGGACGAGUGUAUUGAUAAUGAUUUUUCCGACGUAGAUAAUUCAAAUGACGAUGUUGAUUUCGUAGUCGAAAGUGAACAUGACUCCAAAUCAGAACAAGAAGCUAGUUCCAGUUCUGAUGAUGGUCAUGGUGAUGAAUAUUAUACGGGGAAAAAUAAAACAACCAAAUGGAGCAAAAUCCCAUUACCUGUGAGUAGAACUAGAGAAUGUAAUAUUAUUCGACGUGUUUCAUGUACUAUUAGUGAUGCGAAAAAUGCUAAAACGAUACCCGAAUGUUUUGAUUUAUUUUUUCGUGCAAAUACCGACGAAAAAGAAAUAAAAGCUCUUCUUGGUUUAUUGUACUUGGCUGGUUUUCAUAAGUCAAGUCGUCUCAAUCUUGAUGACUUGUGGGCAGCAGACGGAACUGGAGUUGAAUUAUUUAGAACUACCAUGUCACUUGUAAGAUUCAGAUUUCUUCUUUGUUGUCUAAGAUUCGAUGAUGUUCAAACACGUAUCAAUAAUAAAAAAAUUGACAAAAUUGCUCCAAUACGUGAAUUUUUUGACCAGUUUGUUUCACAUUGUAAAGCAAACUUUUUACCAGAACCAAAUGUAACACUAGAUGAAAAAUUGGAAGCUUAUCGCGGCCGAUGUUCUUUUCGCCAGUAUAUUCCCAAUAAACCAUCGAAAUAUGGUAUAAAGAUUUUCGCGUUAGUUGAUUCCGAAGUUUUUUAUACACUGAAUCUCGAAAUUUAUAGUGGCAAACAGCCCGAUGGCCCCUACAAUGUCAGUAACUCACCAUCAGAUUUAGUUCAAAGAAUGAUAGCUCCCGUAUCCGGAUCAAAUCGAAACUUGACGAUUGAUAAUUGGUUUUCUAGUUAUGAUUUAGCAUUGAACCUAUUGAAUAAACACAAAAUAACCGUUGUAGGGACAUUACGUAAAAACAAACGAGAAAUCCCCCAGAUUUUAUAA